AAUGUUUGUGCCUGCAGCCAGCCGUUCAGCUGCAUUUUUUAAUGCCAAAAGGCGCCGUUCUUCUAAUAAUUGCGGUCCUAAUUCUUCAAAACCUAAACGUGGCACAGCAAUUCUUAUCUCUUCAGCAUUAAGUAAUGGUGGCACUCUAACAUCAACGACAACAUCGAUGGUUGGGGGUGGAAGUAAAAAUGCAAUUGCUUAUUUAAAAGGGAAAAAACAACAAAAAAGUAAAUGGAGAGGAGCAGGGGGAAACAAUGAAGGCGUGAAAUCAUCCCCUUCAAUUGCCGGCGUUUCUUCUGUUAAUACUUUAUUGUUAAAUAAAAGGCAUCCUAUUAAACAAAAAAGAAGGUUAUCUCAACACAGAUUAAGCUUUGGAAUGAAUGGAUUAAAUGAAGAUAAUGUUAGGGAAUUGCAAGGCAAUCAAACACCAAUAGACUUCCCUUCCAUAGUUUUACAAUUAACUUCAGCCGGUAAAAAAGAGAAUCGUUGCGAUAGUAUCGUAACAAAUACAAGUAUUAUCUCCCAUUCACAACUUCCUUUUGGCCGAUCACUGGCCUCUACAAUUACAACAACGGCGGAACCUUUUGAAGCUGUUGCCAGUUGGGGGGCUAGAAGGAGGUAUUUUAAAUCAGUUAUGUCCUGGUUUUAAGAAAUUCCGUCAAAUCCAAAAAAAAUCCGAAGGAUCCUGGUCGGUUCUGCGGUUCAUAUUCCCGAUCGUUUUCAAAUUUCUAUUCACAUUUCCUGAAACCACCGGAACAAGUACAAUGCUUUUUUAAAUAAAAAUCGAAAUUUCGAAGCACUAUUUAUCUACAUACCUAUUAUUUCUUCUCUUAAUUUUAAUUUAUUUUUUAUUUAAAAUUCUCUUCAAAUAAAAAAAACCUUUUUAUUUAUUUAUUUACUAAUUUUAUUUAUUUUAAGUAAAUUAAGCUUUGUUGCUUAUUUUCUUUUUUUUGUACUGAAUUCUGGCGCUAGGACGACCCAAAUCCGAUUAGCACUUUUCCCCCAAAAAAUUUUUUAUUUUAUUUUUUAUUAUUUGCCUCUUUCAAUUGCUUCCUUUUUUUCUUUUUGGCUUUUCACUAAAUUUUUAUUUAAAAAUAUAUUUUUAUUUAUUUAACAUUUUUUAAUUAAAAAUUGUAGCUAAAAUAUAUUUUAUUUUAAAUUUUUUGGAAUGGAUGCUCUAAUUAAAGCCCGGCUCUAUUAUAAGCCUAUAUAUAAUAUACAUUCAUCUUAAUCCACCCAAAUCCCUCCACAUCUUAAUUACUCAAAAUCAGCCGAUAUUUCGAACUAAUUGUGAUAUAAAAAGGUUCCCCUAAAGAUUAACUAGAAACUAGUAUGGUCUUCAAUCUUGACUAAAUAUACAUUUUUUGUUCUUUUGGUUUUGAUCCUGAAGUAAAGUAUUGCCCUCGAGUCUUUUUAAAUUUCAGGGAUUGGGCAUCUCUACAUAUUAGAUACUUAAUUCAAUUUUUUCAAUCAUCUCUACUCUCGUCAGGUCAUAGCAGUCAAAUCAUCAGUUUUACUAGUAUUAUUUGUAAAUUACCUCUAUUCUAUCUCUCUGUCUCUCGUUUAAACCCUUAUCGCCUUAUUUUUUCCAAUUUUCUUUUAUCAAAAUUUAAUUUAUUUUUUAUGAUAUUUUAAUAUAUAUUCGUGUAAUUUGAUGCCAAUUUGUUACAAAAAUAAAUUUCUGUAAUAGGAUAUGUAAAAAAAUAUUUUUUCCUUUAUUAGAGCUUUAGUUUUAUUUUUUACAUAAAAAUAUUAUUUUUAAAAUUCCUUAUUUCUCUUAAUUUUUUUAAAGUUUAAUAGGUACAUUAGCCAAAUUUUAAGAAAUUAAUUUAUUAUUUAAAACUUAUUUACUAGUUUUUUUAAAAUAAUUUUUUCUUUCUUUUUCAAAAACAUUCACUCAACCAUUCAUUAAUUCAUUCAUUUUUUAUUUCUUUCAUCAGGGGUAUUUUUAUUAUCAGGAAAAAUCAGAAUUUUUCCAUUUUAUUAAACUUUAAAAACUUUAAUUUUUCAUUUAUUCAUUUAAAAUUCC